UUGAUUCUUUCAGCUGGCGGCUUGGGCUGACAUACGAGGCGCAGGUCGGCAUUUUCAGAGAGAGGGGAGCCAAAAAAAGAGAGAAAAAUCGAGAAAGAAGCGAGAGUGGCGAUACAGAGGAGUCUGGCUGUCCGCCUGAGAAGGAAAUCUUAAGAAGAGAAGAGCAGGAGCCUGUGGGGGAGCGAAGACUUUACCAUGGAGCAUGGCUUCAGUCCAUGAUGAUGGCAUGGAUGACAGACUGGCCCACUUCAAGCAAGACGCCCGUGAGUGGGGUGCAUCAGCAGAUGUCUCUGUGAAGUCGGAGGACUGCGAAGGAAGAAUCUCGGUCUUUAAAGAAGAGGAGUGUGAGGGGGAAAUCGUUCGGGUUACAGUUGGGGAUGCGGAAGAUUCCUCGGUUGGUCUUGAGCUCCAAAGCCACGACCCUGGAAAUGUUUUCCUGCACGACAUUUGUGAAGAGUCUAAUUCCGGUUUGCGGCCCCGGGUCACUGAGAUGGGGCGACUGUCUGCCCUGCAGAAUUCUAUGGAAUUGAAGUGCGAGUUAGCGGAGUUUGAAGGGGAAACCGACGAAGGACACGGGAGAGGAGAGCAAGGGCCAUCUUGGAGUGCUGGAAUACAUGCACAGGACAAUGGCGGCUUCUCCACAUCUUCAUCUGCUCAGACAUUUCAGUGCAGACUGCCAAACAAACAGGAUAAGAAAAAGAUAAAAAAAUCAACAAGUGGAUCUCCGAAUUCGACAGCAACCUCUUUCCAGUGUCGUUCUGUUACUGAUGUCGGACAAAGGAAGACAAGAGCCAUCACUACUGAUCAACAAGUACAUAAACACAGAAUUCGCACUACAGAGAAAGCUCACUGUUGUUCCGAAUGUGGUAAACAAUUCUCUCAAAUAAGCCGUCUUCAGAGGCACACGAGAAUCCACACGGGUGAAAAACCGUACUCCUGUUCGGAAUGUGGUAAACAAUUCUCACAAAUAAGCCAUCUUCACAGCCAUGCAAGAAUCCACACUGGAGAAAAACCUUUUAGCUGUUCUGAGUGUGGUAAACUCUUCUCACAAUUAAGUCAUCUUCAGAGCCACCAGAGAAUCCACACGGGAGAAAAACCAUAUUGCUGCCCUAAAUGUGGCAAACGAUUCUCGGACAGUAGCACGCUUCGACGGCAUGCACACAUUCAUACUGGGGAGAAACUGUAUUGCUGUUCUGAAUGUGGCAAACGAUUCUCUGUCAGUAGUGCUCUUUGGCAACACACUCGUAUCCAUACUGGAGAGAAGCCAUUUAGCUGUUCUGAAUGUGGUAAACAAUUCUCACAUAUCAGAAGCCUUCACAGCCAUACAAGAAUCCACACUGGAGAAAAAGCCCACUGAUGUUCUAAAUGUGGCCAAUGAUUCUCUGAUGGUAGCAGGUUUGAGAAGCACACACUCAUACAUACUGGAGAGAAGCCAUAUUGCUGUUUUGAAUGUGACAAGCGAUGUUCCAGUAAUAGCAGUUUUCAUAACCAUAUUAAAAUCUUCUAAAUGUAAUAAAGGAUUCUCAUUUUUAUAUGAACUUCAUAUACACUGAAGAAAAGCAAAGCAAUGAGGAAUAUGUUAGAGGUGGAAGAAUUAGGAAGGAGUCAAAGAGUCCCACCUGCAUGAUGGUUACCUUUAUAUGAUGGGCUUCAUUGUAGAAUCUAUACCAAAUCUCGUCAAGGUAAAAAAAUACUUUUUCAGUAUGAAAUGGUUAAAAACGGUAAUUAAUAUUGUCUGCACGUCUCCAAGUAUAAAAAGGCACCCACCUCUUUCCUUGGCGCAAGGCCUGGUGAUGGUGGUAGCCAUAGUGUAACAUCUUUGGAUGGAGAGAAGACCUCCAAUGUGACCAUCCAGAUGGACAAAUAGAACAGACAUGUCCACACAGAUGUACCUUGUGUAAGAAAUGAAUGGUACAGGACACGGUCCAGGGGCCAAUGGAAGAUCAAGCACUGCUUCAUUUACCCAACAGGGCCAGAGAAUCCAACAAAGUGAUAUGCCCGGAGGGUUCAGGUAGAACUGCAACCCGGAAAUAUAAUCUCAAGUUAUCCAAAGUACACACACUUAAGAUGUCUACUUGGUGGGGGUAGAGAAAGAAAAACAAACAAGGGAUAAUAGAAAAUGUCCACCAAAUAGCCAAUGCGGAAUUAAAAUGUGUGGGUUUGGAGUAAAGAUUGAGAAUGGAAAGGGAGAAGAUGAGGGAUGAAAAGAAAGAAGAGGACCUCCUGUGGUGAUGCGUUUACACCAACUUGAACGUUUCUACAGCCAAACUGAGUAAUCACAACAACAGAAAGAAUUGGGAGUGCUCUCCCCUCAACUUUCUCAUAUACUUGGAUAUGGGGAUGGAUAUUUGAGGAGUAAAUUAUAUUUUUAUAUUAUGUUCAUUAAAGAACCAUCAACAAAUCAAUAACAUAUUGAACAAUUAUUAAAGUAAAGAUGAAUAAAUCAGACCUUGCAGCUUCAUGAAUGAAAGGUAAAGUACCACUUCUGGUUAGUGGAAGUAACUCAAAAGUCGAUAGAAAUCUACGUUUUGUACCUAAUACUUGUAAGCAGAAUUUGGUUGACCGCAGUGAAAGCGUACUCAAGUUAUUGUGUCUACACACACAGACAUAAUUCCAAAAGUGGUAUUUUCGGAUUCGGGGGGGUCUAAAAUGUUGAGAUUCAUCAAAAUCUCGAAAUGGAAUUUUUAGAUGAUUCCAUUACUCUGUCCACGCCAUCUGAACUAGUGUGGUGCUGAGGUAUCACACAUUGCAUGGCUGCAGUCGGGUCCCAAUCUGG